UAUGUCCCUUGAAAGUAUGAAAAAUCGUGAUUUUUGCUUGUUGUUCCUCUAGAGGUCCCAAUUUUUAUCUGAUUUAAAAAAAACAUUUGUAUUCAUCACCAUUACAUUAUAAUGAUGAUUGAGUUCGAAUUUUAUAAAAAUCGGACCGAAACUACCUGACAAAAAUGCCACUCCUCGUACGCAAACCCUGUAGAGGUCACAUAUUUUAUAUCCGAAUUGAAUGAAACUUAAAAUAUAUGUUUAUAUCCCAAAGAUCUGGGUUCCUCUUGAUACUUGCGCGUAUCGAAUCGUUACUUCCUGGAUUAUGGCCCCUGAUUUUACGAAAAAUCACGUUUUAGUUUUUUGGUUUUUUCUCUGUUCAUUUCUUACAAAAUGUGGGCAUAUAUGACAAAGUGUAAUGUCUAAGUCUGUUACUACCAUGUGGUCUGAAUCCGAUUACUAAUUCAAGGGCAAAUAACUCGCCUGAAACCGAUUCUCUUUCAGUCGAUUUAAAAGGUGAAAAAAGGUUGGAAUUAAAAAAUUGGGGUCAAAGUUCACUACUCUAGAUUCUGUCAACCAGUGGCAAUACUCACUAAUUUUCGCUAUUUAGACAAUCGAGUCUACGAUGACAUUUAAAAAUUGUACAUGUGACUAUUAUAUGAUAGUUCAAAAAUAGAUAAUAUAUUGAAAAUUUCCUUCAAAUUACUUUAUUCUGAGGGAAAAUAUUAACCUUUGAAGGUUUGAAAAGAUGUGUGCACUGAUUAUAACCACAGUACUGGUUGUUAGGAGUUAAGCGACCCCCCCACUUCACCAUUGACCAUUCUAAUGGUUUGUAAAUAAGUGAAUAAGAAUGUCUAAAUGUGGUUUUAAUAGUACAACAAUUCAUAAUCCUGAAACUCAACUAUCUCACCAAGUUCUUCUAGCAUGUGAAAGAGGAAAAUUUGAACAUUUUGAGGAGUAUUUGGAGAAAAAUAAGGAGAUAAAUAUAAAUGAACAGGAUUCAAAUGGUUCUACUGCUCUUCAUUUUGCUGUAGCUCAGAGUAAUGUAAAAUGCUUGGGCAUUUUGUUAAAAUAUAAUGCCAAUACAAACAUAAAAGAUGAAAAUGGAUUUACACCUUUAGCUUUAGCAGCAGGCCGCUAUGCCAAUUCAUCUGUAUCAGAAACUUUGUUAAAUAAAGGAGCUGAAGUGAACAGUGUCAAUAAAUAUGGGAACUCUUCGUUACAUACUGCAGUUUAUGCUGGAGAUAUACAUUGUGUACAAAUUUUGAUGAAACAUGGAGCUGAUGUAACAAUUCAAAAUAAAAAAGGAAAAACACCUUUAGACCUGGCGAAGAAGUUAGAUAAUGAAGAUAUAAUUGCUGUUAUUAGGACUUCUACAAAUUUAAUGUGUGCACAUUGUAGUCAGAAACCUAAAACCGGGCUGAAAAAAUGUACCGGUUGUAAAGCAGCCCAGUAUUGUAGUAAAAUCUGUCAAAAAUUAGACUGGAAAUAUGGUCAUAAACAGAUAUGCUCUGGUUAUGUAUUAACAACACUUGUUGUCAAACAGGCAGAUCCUACUGAAAUAUUACGCUUAUCUAAAAAUAAAUUUAUUGUUAAAGUUCAGAUUGAAUUGGCAUGGCGUGGUAAUACACAAGUAUCAGCAACAGAGAACAUGAUGGUCUAUAAUAAAGAUAAAAAGUUUAUACACUUUAUAUUUUCAAAUAGUCAAGAGAAGGUUUGUAAAUUGCUGGUGGAAAAAAUCCAAAAUGAAGGAUUUAUGGGUGUUAAGGCCUUCUUUUGGGCAGAAUUUGAUGCCACCCUAAACAACCGAGUAAAAAUAUUCUACAGAGAGAUGGCACCUUUUCAAGACUGGUAGUGUCAAGAUAAACAUAUGGAUGGACUAUUCCUAUAUAAAUACUAGAAAGUGACAGUAACAUGGAGAAUGUUUUAUAUGGCAUAUUUUUAUAUGAUGUUAAAAGAGAUUGAUGAACUGCAUGAUACAUUUAGGUCUAUUUCUUAUGUUUCUUUAGAAAAUGGUAUUGCAGGUUAUUCAUAUUUUAUUUAUAAGUAUUAAUCAUUUUGUCUUUAACUUACAAAUUAAGUUGCGGGUAACUGUCAAACACUUUACAUAAACAAAGUACAUAUGCUUUAAACACAUGCUAUUAAAUGUAAAAACUAUCUGAUUCACUUACAGUCAGUUGUAUGAAGAGUAGCUAUUAUAGCAAACAAUGAUUGACAGUUACCCUCAUAACAUCACAGCCAUUGUUGUAUGUAGAGGAGACAUGAUGUGUACCUCAUUGUCUGAAUUAAUGAAACUACUGCCAUUUUCAAACUCUGAAAGUGGACAAUAUUUGUUGGCGAGUACACAAUUUAAUUACAUAUUCUUAAAUGAAUGGUUAUGUAUGGAUGUUUGGUAUAUGGUUUUGUGGUAGGAUUAAACUGUAAUUGUGGGAAUGAAUAUGAUUUAAACUGCCAGUUUAGAUAAAAUGGUAAAUGUUUUCUUUGUUUAUGUGUAAGUAUUGUUCUUAUCUCUUUUUGUAAAAAUAUUUUUGGGAUCAGCUAAUUUAUUAUUUGUCACAUGGUGUGUAUAUUUAUUAUUAAAGUAAAAAUUGAGCUAAUAUUA